AUGAAUGUCCCUGGAAACAUGGCGGCCAGCGUCCGCGGCCGUCCUAUCCGAAGUGUUCGAGUGAGAGAUAAACGAUGUCGCAAUGACAGCGGAGAGGAAAACGUACCGCUGGAUCUUACUAGAGAGCCCUCAGAUAACAUGCGUGAAAUCCUGCAGAAUGUGGCCAAGCUACACGGGGUCUCUAAUAUGCGAAAGCUGGGCCAUCUGAACAAUUUCAUAAAGCUCCUCUGCAGCACUGGUUACUGUGUGAAGACAUUAGGGUUUACAUAUGAAGAAAUCAUUAUCUGCCUGCGGCUGGCGCUCCUGAAUGAGGCAAAGGAGGUGCGUGCGGCGGGGCUGCGGGCUCUGCGCUACCUGCUGCGGGACGUCAGCGUGCUGCAGAGGAUCCUGCGGCUGCAGGUCGACUACCUGAUCUCCAGGUGCAUCGACAUAAAGCAGAGCAAUGAGGUGGAACGGACGCAAGCGCUGCGAUUGGUCCGAAAGAUGAUCACUGUGAACGCUCUUCUGUUCCCGAGCUCCGUCACCAACUCCUUGAUAGCCAUUGGUAACGAUGGCUUACAGGAGCGAGAUCCGAUGGUGCGAGCCUGCAUCGCCAUCGUUUGCGAGCUAGCCUUGAAGAACCCUGCGGUGGUGGCUCAGCGUGGAGGUCUGUGCACCAUCCUGAAGAGCGUCAUCGACUGCCAGCUGAGCCGCAUCAACGAGGCCCUCAUCACCACCAUCCUCCACCUGCUCAACCACCCGCACACACGCCAGUACGUCCGCGCAGACGUCGAACUGGAGCAAAUCCUUGCACCUUACACAGACUUCCACUACAGGCACAAUCCAGAGACGACUGAAGCACAGCUCAAGGAGGACAGACAAGCUCGUUUUCUAGCCAGUAAAAUGGCCAUCGUUGCAGCCUUCCGUUCUUGGUCUGGAAUCAUUAAUCUUUGUAAAUCUGGACACUCUGGCAUACAGUCUCUCAUCGGUGUCCUCUGUAUACGAAAUAUGGAAGUCAGGAAAGGACUGCUGGAGGUGUUGUAUGAAAUUUUUCGCCUUCCUGUUCCCAUUGUGACGAACGAGUUUGAAGAAGCCCUUCACAGUAUUGACCCCAGCAGGUUUCAGGACAGCUGGAGGCUCUCGGAUGGCUUUGUAGCGGCCGAGUCAAAAGUCGUACUUCCUCACAGGGCCCGGUCCAGGCCUGAUCUCAUGGACAACUACCUAGCGCUGGUACUAUCUGCUUUCAUAACGAGUGGCGUUCUAGAGGGUCUGGUGGAGGUGAUCACCAGCAGUGAUGACCAGACCUCCGUGCGGGCCACCAUUCUCCUGGGAGAGCUACUGCACAUGGCCAACACGAUCCUGCCUCACACGCACAGCCACCACCUGCACUGUUUACCUACCCUCAUCAACAUGGCCGCCUCCUUCGACCUCCCCCAGGAGAAACGCCUGCGUGCGAGUGCGGCGGUCAACCACCUGAAGCGCUUCCAUGAGAAGAAGAAGCGCGGGCCGCGACCCCACAGCCUCUACCUGGACCAGAUCGUACGCAAGGCCAUCAGCUCACCGCACCGCCGGGAACAGCCCCCACGCACACACAAGGACAUCUACGCCAUCAAGGACACUGAAGAAGCACUUAUGAUGAACUUAAGAGACAGUCACAUCCUCAACCACAAGCAGAACCUCGAGUGGAACUGGGUCCUCAUCUCCACCAUACUAAAGUGGCCAAACGCUAACCUCAGACAAAGCAAAGACGAGCAGAUGCACAAGUUUGUGCGGCGGCUACUGUACUUCUACAAGCCGAGCAGUAAGCUAUACGCAGCACUGGAGCUGGAUCACAGUAAGGGCCGGCCGCUCACCGUGGUCGGAUGCCAGUUCGUAGAGUUCCUCAUGGACUCAGAGGAGGAUGGCCAGGGCUACCUGGAGGAGCUGGUGCGUGACGUGGUGGCGUGGCUGCCCACCACCUCUGGUGCCAAGCCAGAGCGCAGCCUGCAGAGCAACGGCCUCCUCAACACCCUCAGCCAGCACUACUUCCUCUUCCUCGGUACCCUCUCCGCACAGCCGCACGGCGUCAAGGUCCUCGAGAAGUGCAGCGUCUUCCAGUGCCUGUUGAACAUGUGCUCCAUGAAGAACCAGGACGCCCUGCUGAAGCUGACGGUGGCCUCGCUGGACUACAGUCGAGAGGGGCUAGCCAGGGUCAUCCUCUCCAAGAUCCUCACUGCCGCCACAGAUGCCUGUCGCCUGUACGCCACCAAGCACCUGCGGGUGCUGCUGAGGGCCAAUGUGGAGUUCUUCAGCAACUGGGGCAUGGAGCUGCUGGUCACCCAGCUGCACGACCACAACAAGGCCAUCAGCCUGGAGGCUCUGGACAUCCUGGACGAGGCCUGCGAGGACAAGGCCAACCUGCACACUCUUAUUCAAAUGAAGCCAGCACUUUCUCACCUGGGAGACAAGGGAGUCCUUCUGCUACUCAGAUUCUUGUCAAUACCCAAGGGAUUUUCCUACCUAAAUGAGAGGGGAUAUGUCACCAAGCAGUUGGAGAAAUGGCAGAAAGAAUACAACCUGAAGUAUGUGGACCUUAUAGAAGAGCAGCUGAAUGAAGCACUCACCACGUACCGCAAGCCUGUAGACGGAGACAACUACGUUCGUCGUAGCAACCAAAGGUUACAAAGACCAAAUGUGUAUCUGCCUGUGCACCUGUAUGGCCAGCUAGUCUAUGAUAAGACGGGCUGCCACCUUCUUGAAGCUCAGAAUGUUGUUCCUGACAUGAGCUACACUGUGCGCUCUCCAGUGCUGGACAAGUGGGAGGGCAUCAAACAGCUCAAGGCAGCUCUCUGGGCUCUGGGCAACAUUGGUUCCUCAAACUGGGGCCUGAAUCUUCUCCAAGAGGAAGCUGUGAUACCAGACAUCAUAGCACUGGCCCAGCACUGUGAGGUCCUGUCCAUCCGAGGGACGUGUGUGUACGUGCUGGGCCUGAUCAGCAAGACCAAGCAGGGCUGUGACGUGCUGCGGCAGCAGGGCUGGGACUCUGUGCGCCACAGCCGGCGUCAGCUGUGGCCCGUGGCCCCCGACGAGGUGGAGCAGGCAGGCCCCCUGGCCGCCACCGAGCUCUCCUCCGUCCCCUCCACCCUCAGCCUCAACUCCGAGUCCACCAGCUCCAGGCACAACAGCGAGAGCGAGUCGCAGCCCAGUCUCUUCUACAUAGAGGACGACAGCCUGACGUUCUCCGAUGACCACCACCACUCCUCCUCCUCCUCUCGGCCCCACAAGUCCCAUAAGGAGCGCAGCAGCACGGGCGGCAGCAGCCGCUUCCUGCUCUCCACCAGUCGCCUGGUGCCGCGCGGCUUCCUCAACUCCUUGUCCCUCGCCGCCGGCAAGAAGCCCCGCAGCAUCAGCGACCCCAAGAGCCUGAGUGCCCGCCAGCACGACGACCACCACCACCAUCAUCGCAGCGGGGGAGGGGGAGGUGGUGGUGGUGGUGGUGGUGGGAGGAGGGUGCGCACGGUCACCGAGCCCGCCUCGCUCUGCUACAGCCCCUCGUCGUCCUCCGAGGUGUUCUAUAACGGCGGGAGCGGGAAUCAUCAUCAUCAUCAGCCGUCGCAGCCGCCGCGAAGUCCCACCAUCAGCCUGGAGACCUCGUUUCUAGGCAACCGCAUCGCGGGCACGUUGACGACCACCACCGCGGCAUCCCAGCCUGGUGGUGGUGGUGGCGGCGGUGGAGGGGACGACAAGGCGGGCAGCAGCUCCAGCGUGUGUGAGAUCGAGGUGUGUCUGCCUAAGAGUACAGGUGCGGGGCCCGGGCCCGGGGCAGAGGAGGCGGCGGCCGCCGCAGCAGCAGCAGCAGCAGCUGGAGGUGGAGGUGGAGGGGUGAGGGAGUCAAGCACUGGUGGAGGAGGUGCAGGGGCUCAGAGGGAGCGUCUGGCAUCUGGCGAUGGGCCCUCUUGCCUGGCCUCCUCCACAGCGGCAGGAGGAGGAGGAGGGGCUCCCACCUUCAAGAGCCGCAGCCAGAGCUUCAACACGGACACCACCACCAGCGGCAUCAGCUCCAUGAGCUCCAGCCCCUCCAGGGAGACGGCCGGCCCCACCACCCCAGGCACCGCUGCCACCACUCCGGGCACCGCCGCCUCCGCCUCCACCGGGGCCUCCACCCCCACCACCCCUGGCUCGUCCACCACCAACAACAACACCACCACCACUACCAUCACCACCACAGACUCCUCUUCUUCCGUCAAUGCCAACGAUCUAGACUGUGCCAGCUUGGACACGGUGGGCAGUGCCCAGACAGUGAAGACGGCAGGCUCGUCAACUCCUCCUCCGCCUUCUUCCGCCACGUCAACGUGCUCCCAGCAGCCGCCCCUGACCCCAUCCCCCUCCUCCGCCACUUCCCCGCAGUCCAACCACACGCCGCUCUCCAAGGCCAGCUCGGUGCUCCUGGUGCCGCCCGGCUCGGCCCACACGCUGCCGCGCCGCGCCCAGUCCCUCAAGUCGCCCUCGGCGCAAGCCAUGAAGGGGUUGGCGGACUACGGCUUCAUCUACACCAGCCCGCGCGACGCGCUGGGCUACGCCACGCUGAAGAGGCUGCAGCAGCAGCGCAUACACCCCUCGCUCUCGCACAGCGAGGCCCUGGCCUCGCCCGCCAAAGACGUGCUCUUCACAGACACGAUUACCAUGAAGACGGGCAGCCUGGACUCCAGACUCACGUCACGCAGGUUCCUGAAGGCUCUAAGUUUUGCCUCUCUGGAUAAAGAGGACCUGUUGAGUCCUAUAAACCACGCCACGUUGCAGCGCUCCUCCUCCGUGCGCUCCAUGGUCUCUAGCGCCACCUAUGGCUGCUCAGAUGACUACGUCGGCCUCGCGCUCCCCGUCGACAUCAACGACAUGUUCCAGAUUAAGGAGUCCUCGUACUUUCAGAAGCGAACAAGCCCGACGUCUGGGGAGAAAAAAUUCUUUGGAGAGUCAGAUGGCUUCGUGUCGGGCCCUCCUCUGAAGACGCAGUUCAGCAUCUCCGAGCUUCUAGACAAAAGCCGUCCUGAGCAGAAGGGCCAGGGGGAGGGAGAGGAGGCGCACCAGGAGGAGACGGGGCUGCAGGAGCACUGUGAGGAUAACUGCCUCUACUGUGUGGGCCUGGCCGUGGUGGGACGAAGCGGCACCGGCACCGGCACUGGCAACCACCUCAACUCCACACACAACCGCAACGAUGUGAGUGACAAUCAGUUCCCUACAUGGUGCGGUCCGAGCAGCAGCCAUAACCACCUGGAGGUGGUGCCCCAGUCCAAGUAUUCGGGGGUGUCGGGCUGCAGCGACGCCGUGUCGGGCGAGAGCGUCAACACCCCCACCCCCACCCCCAACAUCGUCCUGGGUGUGAGGCCGGGGUGUGAAGACAGUCCCCUGUCGCGAGUGCUGUUGAGGAAAGAAGUGUUACGGCUCGUGGUCAACCUCAGCUCCUCUGUUGGUACCAAAGGACACGAGACCGGCCUGCUGACGAUAAAGGAGAAGUUUCCGUAUGCGUUUGAUGAUAUCUGCCUGUACUCAGAGGUCUCCUACCUGCUGGCCCACUGCAUGUUCCGCCUGCCCUCCCGCCGCUUCAUCCAGGAGCUCUUCCAGGACGUGCAGUUUAGCCUCAUGUAUGAUGAGGCUGACACCAUCUUGUCAAUGGCACCAAAGAAGGAGGAAGACUUUGUUGCUGCGCCCUGAAUCUCAAAGACACACACACGCACACGCACACACACACACCAUCAUCCCCGUGCUCCCUAGAGAUACCUCAUCACACACAGCAGAGUUUUUUUCCUUUUCCCUUGCCCUCCUCCUCCUCAUCCACCAACGCCACACACACUCACCCACACCAGAGAGGAGACACCAGAGAAACAGCGAGUGCAGUCUGGACCGCUGACCCUCAAAACAUACAAUCAGGGCUAUAAAUUCACUUCUUUUCAUCACUAGCCCUACAUAUAAUGUAUUGGGGACCUGAUUCUGGGCCCCCUCUCUCCCUAGGCCCAGGGCAGCUGUCCACCACCAAUGCCACACGCAAGUCUCCCACAUGUGGGGACAGCAGAAACCACGAGUGUUCUGGGAGGCAUGCUCUUCCUUCAGACUGGCCUCCUCCCUCCGGUGAAGGUUGAUGGAAGGUGUGUCUAACAGAACGGGGGUUCUCUUCUCGUGUGUUACAUCUGUCUGUUACACAGUGUCUGAUUUGACAGACCCGCCGCAACCGUCAAAAUUGAACAUUCUGGAGGCAACAGAGCGGACUGUCUCCACAAUGCAUGUGGCGUCUGCACAUGCAAAGUCAACGGGAAUCUGUCAUCUGAACGCUGCGAUACCCAAAGGAAGCGGAACCAAGGAACCACCAGGGUGCAGGAAUGAUGACCAGAGGAACCAAGGAACCAUGAGGGUGCAGGAGUGAUGACCAGAAGUGAUACUGAGAAGAGGACGGGAAGAACGGGAGAUGAACACUCAUGGAGGUGGAGGCGGAAGAGGAGGAUGUGGAGGAGGAAGAGGGGAUGUGGAGGAGUGAGGUGGAACAACAGUAAAAUAGGGAAGCAAUCUCUCCCUGUCUUUCUCUAUUGCUGUGUUGGAAGAGGAGUGCAGAGGUUGAGAGAGCUGGGAUGAGCAACACAAGAGAGCAUGAAACCGCAACGGCAAAAAAACAACCUUAAAAAACAGUCAAAGAAGUGGCCAUAGCUUGCUGUCACAAAGACAAAUUAACCAAAUAUUAUGGCUGGACUCUGUUGAACAAAGAACACAAACUCAACCCUGUAAACCUGAACAAACCAAUUUAAGCAUUACGGCAAACACAAAGCAGAUUUUUUUAAACGUACCAUUGAACUUAUAAUGAAGGACUUGACAUUCAUGACAAAGGAUGCAAAAUACUGGCACAGUUGUUGGAUUAAAAAAGCAUACAUGGGUUAGUAUUUCUCGUAACACUACAUGAGACUGGAGUUGUCCAAAGCGGAGACGGAGCAUCACAAAGGACUGAUUAUCCCUCUCAGUUUCACCACAAAACUAUCGGAUGAUUUCACUGGUUUUCUUUUUUUGUUAAUCAUUCUCCUUUAAAGCAUCUAGUCAAUGGACUGAGACCACAUUCAACUGCAACAGCAAACGGUUGUUUUAUCUUAUUUAUUGUGCAUUUUUUUGUUUUGUUUUUUAAUACUUUAUGGUGCAUUUUUUUGUAUUUAGAACCCUCAAAUAAUCACAUAUCCAUCACCACAUUUUGCCACCGUUCCUUAAUGGAACACUCCAUUCUUCAGUCAUGCCAUUCUUUUUUCCCUCUUUCUUCUUAUUAUUUUUUUUUUCCCGGAGAACGCUGUAUCAUCCUCCACCUCAUCAUCAUUAUCAUUAUUGUUAAUAUUAUUGUUGUUAUUUAAUUUUCAGCUGUUUGGUACUGUUCUCAGUUGGGAGGUGUCAUGAAGGCAGGUUGUUAUUAGUAGGUUUUUUUUUUCUUUGUCGUGCGCUGCGCAACACAGUCACAUUUCACGUACUUGACUGUAGAAAACACAUCUUCACUUGGCGCAGUGUACACACACACACACACACACACACCUAUCAAUCUGGUGGUGAAGUGGAGUGUGGUGUAGUGCCUCGUUUUGACCAGAGGGAGGUGCUCUGCUAGCACGCCAUUGUGCACCAAGCAGGCUAAAUAUCACCCAUGCAAUUUGCACAUGCACAGAUGAACUAGCAAUAUGACAUUGAAACGAACGGCUGUAAGUUGAGUUUUUUUCCCCUGUUCUUUUCUGGAUCAGUUCCAUUAUACCAUACUUGUGUAUGCCAACAACAGAUACAUUCAAGUGUUGAGGGGAUGUAGUUACCUCCUCUCUUGCUAAGACUUAGUACUUCAUUCCACUAGAGCAGGACAAAGUCAAAAAACAAACAAACAAUUACGACAUAACUACAUAGUAAGUGCUAUGUAGGUCACCAAAGUGACAUCAUGUCUGCUUUCUUCUCUAGGCUUCAAAAAAAUCAAACAAACAAACUAAGAAUUGUUGUUGCCAUGAAUCUUUUUUUAAUCUUAUCUUGAAGCCAAAUACCUAAGUAUGGGCACUGUGUGGUUGUAAAAUGCAGACACUGUGGUCCUCCACAAGGCCAUACAGCAUCCAGGGUACCCUCUCUAGCCUUCAGAACCAUAAAAAAAAGUAUCAUUUGGGAAAAAAAAAACUUUAAAAAAAUUUGUUUUGAUGUGCUAAUGGAUGUAACUUGUACAGUGUUUGUUUUGUGUGUGUGUGUGUGUGUGUGUGCGUGUGCGUGUGCGUGCGCGCGUGGGAUGAGACCAUGUAUUGGAACGACUGACACUGUUAGAAUGAACUCUUGCACAGCUGCCCCGAAAAGCUAAAGCUGGCUUUUGUCCAAUCUCGGAUUCUUUCAGAUGUUUACAGUAGUCUUAACUUUUCUAUUGUCAAAAAAAAACAAAUUGUCGCCUGCCCAGUUGUUCAGAUGCGAUGUCACCGUUAGUAAGGAGGAGCAGUUGUGUAAGCGCUGUCUCCUCACAAACAUCUCUGCUUCCUCAGAACAGAAGCAAGUCAACAAUUUUUUUUUUCUGGUCAAGUACGCAUGUUUUCUUCUAGGCACUGAUGACGGGCAGUUUUUAACAUCUGUCAAAGAUGUACAAGACAAGGCACGGACAUUCAAUGCGUUUCUAUUUGGCUUACACACACUCUCACAUUCUCACACACUCCACCACUGCGUAUCAAGGAUCAUGCAUUUCAAACUACACUUGCUGUAACCCCCACCCGUCUCGUUGACCGCUGUACAUGUUUCAAUUGGUCGUCUUUCCCCCUUCUCCACAAUGCAACAAGGUGGAAGUAACUAUGUUCUAAGAGUACAUGUAAGAUGCCUGUGGUGGUUUGUGGGGGUGGUAAGGGGGAUUGUUUGAGGACACCCCCCCCACCCCACCCCACACCACUCUCACCCCAUCACCCUGAUUCUUGUCAUUGUUUUUGUUUUGAUAUGCUGCUACCUGUUUGGAUAUGUAGAGAUUACUUGCUGAUCACUUAAAAUAUUUUGACUGAGGUGAUUGGUGUGAUGAUGAUGAUGAUGUAUGAUGUGUACUAUAGGGUGAGUGAGUGAGAGCACGAGCGAGCGUGAGAGAGCGAGAAACCAGAAAAGACAGAAAAAAUAUUUAUAUUUUUCCUUAAGAUAAUAUUUCAAGUAUAAUUUAAAAUACUUUUUUUCUUGUUUUGGGUCCCCCCCUUCCCCAUUUCUCCUUUUUUGCUGAAUUUGACUCCCUUGUAUAAUGUGUACAGUAUGUUUAGGUUCUCUUGACCUUAACAAACAUACAAUCAAAGGGAUAUAUUAUUAAAAAGAGAAAAAAAGACAA